GACCCCUCCAAAACCUUGCUGGACUCUUAAGCUCUGGAACACCCCACCCAAACAAAACAACACCGACACUUGAUCUUACACAUACAACUAGUAAGUCGAAUUUUCUGCCGGCAUCCUCUCCGCGGCCGGACUCUGCUGCCCGCGCAUCCGACCUGCUUCUAUAUCUCCUGCCCUGCACUUCUGCGGCUCCCCAGCACUCCAAUUGACUCUCCCAACAGCAAUCCUUCACCAUGACCAUCACCAAGAUCCACGCCCGCUCCGUCUACGACUCUCGGGGUAACCCGACCGUCGAGGUCGACAUUGUCACCGAGACCGGCCUUCACCGCGCCAUCGUCCCCUCCGGCGCCUCCACUGGCUCCCACGAGGCCUGCGAACUCCGCGAUGGAGACAAGUCCAAAUGGGGCGGCAAGGGUGUCACCAAGGCCGUCGCCAACGUCAACGACACCAUUGCCCCUGCCCUUAUCAAGGAGAAGCUCGACGUCAAGGACCAGUCCGCCGUAGACGCGUUCCUUAACAAGCUCGAUGGCACAACAAACAAGACCAAUCUGGGCGCCAACGCCAUCCUCGGUGUCUCAAUGGCCAUCGCAAAGGCCGCUGCCGCUGAGAAGGGUGUCCCCCUCUACGCACACAUCUCCGACUUGGCUGGCACCAAGAAGCCCUAUGUUCUCCCCGUACCCUUUCAAAACGUCCUCAACGGUGGCUCGCACGCCGGUGGCCGUCUUGCUUUCCAAGAGUUCAUGAUCGUUCCCUGUGAAGCCCCCACCUUCUCCGAGGCUAUGCGCCAAGGAGCCGAAGUCUACCAGAAGCUCAAGGCUCUCGCCAAGAAGACGUACGGACAGUCCGCCGGAAACGUUGGUGACGAGGGUGGUGUCGCCCCAGACAUCCAAACCGCUGAGGAGGCUCUUGACCUCAUCACCAAGGCCAUCGAGGAGGCUGGCUACACUGGCAAGAUCAAGAUUGCUAUGGAUGUUGCGUCCAGCGAAUUCUACAAGGCCGACGAGAAGAAGUACGACCUCGACUUCAAGAACCCCGACAGCGACAAGAGCAAGUGGCUCACAUACGAGCAACUUGCCGAGAUGUACAAGUCUCUGGCCGAGAAGUACCCUAUCGUCAGCAUCGAGGACCCCUUCGCUGAGGACGACUGGGAGGCUUGGUCUUACUUCUUCAAGACCUACGAUGGCCAGAUUGUCGGAGACGACUUGACCGUUACCAACCCCGAGUUCAUCAAGAAGGCCAUCGAGCUCAAGUCUUGCAAUGCUCUUCUCCUCAAGGUCAACCAGAUUGGCACUAUCACCGAGGCCAUCCAGGCUGCCAAAGACGCUUUCGGUGCUGGUUGGGGUGUCAUGGUUUCUCACCGCUCCGGAGAGACCGAGGAUGUUACCAUCGCCGAUAUUGUUGUCGGUCUACGAUCUGGUCAGAUCAAGACUGGUGCGCCGGCCCGAUCUGAGCGCCUCGCCAAGCUCAACCAGAUCCUCCGUAUCGAGGAGGAACUCGGUGACAACGCCGUCUAUGCCGGCAACAACUUCAGGACUGCCGUCAACUUGUAAGCGACUGAUCUGCAGAGUCCGGUAAUUUCAGAGUCAUGAGAAUAUGCGACGAUAACGAAGUUCAGAGCGAAGGGAAAUAUGUACGCGAAAUGCAAUGAUAUAUCCUACACAACAAAUUUCCGCUCCCCAAUUAGGCAUUGCAGCCUGACGCAUAUGUUGACUUGAUAUUUGCUCAUCUUUCGUAGCAAUAUCUCUCUGAUCCCGAAUUUGCUAUUGCAGGACUCUCUUCCGUUGGG